AGAGAGAGAAAGCAGCUUGUACAUUGUGUUAUUCCAGCACUAGAUCCAGCAUGCAUGUCUGCCUGUCGCUUGCUUUGACUGACUUUGUGUCUUGAUUCAAUUCCCAGUCUGCUUUCCAAGCAGCUCAGUUUAGUCCCGGCGGCACCAAGAGGACCACAGCCAGCCUUCAUUCUGGAGGGCAAAGCCCCAGUCGAGUCCAGCGGGGGGGCCCCAGGGGAUGGCGAGCCCACCUCCCUCAGCUCCAGCCCUGCUGCACAGCUUCUGACCCACACGGAGAGUCCUGGAUCUUGGCAGAGUGAGAGCCUGCUGGCAGAGUCCUGGUCCACCAUGGGGGAUGUGGACCCCGAGGACACCAAAAGCUUGGACAGCAGCGACGGGGCAGUCCUGGCCGGGGACGAGAACCACUCCUCCAACUCCGACAUGGUGCACCUGGAGCGGGAGGAGGCGGAGAUGCUGGAGGAGGCAGCCGGAGAGGAGAAGGGAGGGAGGUCAGAGGAGGAAGAGGAGGAGGAGGAGGAGGAGCUUCAGACGAGUGUGUUGAGCGUCUUGGGUGGGGAGUCGGAACGCCAGGAGCUCCUGGUGCCAGCAGAGGAAGCUCACACGGAGAAGGAACCAGCAGGGGAGACCAUGCAGGUGGUCCCCCCCAUGGCACUGCCGCCCCUGCCCAUCUUCCGGCUUGAACCCCCCUCCACCAGCUCCACUCCGACAGCAGCCGAGGAGCUUCCUCACGCCGCGCCGGGGCUCCUUCCUCCUUCGUCCACCCUUCCACCGGCAGAGCCUCCUGCUGAGGGGCUGGAACUCGCCCAUGAGAAGCCCCUCUCGGAGGAAGGGGUGCAUUCUGUGAAAAGGUCUGCUGGACCAACCACUGAGCUCCCAGUGCUGCUGUGUGGGGGCGCCGCUUUGGUGGCAGUGGUCGGAGUCAUGGCCUACGGUGCCGUAGCCUACUGCAGGAAGUAGAAGCUUUCCUGACACGUCAUCCAUAUUCCACUUUCACAUUCAGCAAGGAUGUAACGUGCGACGUCCUCUUGUCUUGUAGCCAUCGAUGCUGACUUGAUUGGUCUGAUUGUGUUUGUGCUACCUCAGCUCGCAGCAGAGCUCACAGCCUUGCUUUUCCACAAACCUGGAUGAAAAAUGUGCAUCAAAUCUUACCAAGGAAUAAACAUUUCCUGUUUUU